GAGACGAGACACCAUCACCACAAGGACCCAUCAUAACCCCGCCAUCAUUUCAGUCAUACCUAGCUCAGCUCUUCCUCUCUGAUGCUGCUUGCCAUCCGACGGGUCAUUCCCACGGCGCGACAGAGACUUGCACGCCCGCACCGUCUGGGAGCUUCGAUUUCGCCACGAUUCCACAUCAGCACCCCAGUACGAUGUUUAUCGCAGACUUCCGUCUACCUACGCACCUCGGGCGAAGCGUCGAGACCAGCCGACUCCACGGUUGCAACUGCCGGGAGUGUGGAGGAAUCCAACGAUGCCACGGAAAAGAAAGAGGGCGCGGCGGGAGAGACAGCGGAGGUGACGGAAGGAGAGAGCACGUUCGCCCCGGAGGUCUCGCACGAAGAGAUAGCAAGUGGUGUAAUAGCGGCAAAUGGUUCCGGUGAAGCUGAAGCUAUGGAAGACCGGUCACCGGCGAGAAGAGGCAGGCCUGUGGGUUCGAAGACUAGGACGACAGCUCGCAAGCCGCUGCCGAUCCCGAAGCCGGUGUUGCCAGAAUGGUUCAUUGACCGGAUAGUGUUGAGAGAGGACCAUGGAAAGGGACCGAGUGCUUCGCUGUUAAAAAUAGAUUCGGACCCACCAAAGCCGGUUGUCGAGACUGAAGUAUCGGACGGGAAGCCACCUCCACCGGCAACAGUCGUCGAUGUCGAGGUGCCCGUUGAAGACACACCACCUCCGGGUGCAAAUGUUGAGGCCGAGGAAGUGGCUGGAGAAGAAGCGCCUUGUCCGGAUGCAGAUGUGAGUACUGGACCAGCGGCUGGAGGAGUGCCAAAUCCGGAGGCAGCGAGUGGAAUCGAUGCAGCAGCUUCGGAAACAUCUUCUCCUACGGAAGCUGUUGAGCCCGAGCCCACAGCCGGAGAAACAACUGUGACAGAGAAAGGGACUACAGAGGCGGGAAGCGAGGCGGAAGCGGCGCCGAAGGAAAGAUAUCGACUUCACGAAUCUGUGUGGAAGGAGAUCUCAACCUACGUUCAAACAGGACUGCUUCUACCAAAGGGCGCCUUUGCCGACGGGGUUGCAGCUACCAAAUCUCAUUGUAUCCUACAUCUACCCAAAGAAGGUGGAUUGUAUUAUCUCGAUGCCAUCACAGAGAAGGUCGCCGCGGAGGUUGAAGCGGAUUUAAUCCGGAUAGACGCGCAGGACUUUGCAGAGAUUGCAGGAGACUUCCUGGGGGAUUCAAGGCAUGCUUCCCAAUCAGACAUAUCGCCUAUCGGAAUCCGCUCGCUGGCAUUCGAUACACAAGUCACUGUCAACCGCGCUGCCGUGAUCGAGGAAGAGGAAGAUGCCGAAGAGGACGAAGAAAGCUAUGAAGAAGACGAAGACAUGAUCGACCCGCCCAGCGUAGGACCUAAGAUAACUACGUUCAAUGUUCUGCCAGCCCAGCUACAGAACCUGUUCCGUAUUGGGCGGAUAGCUGGCGCCGCCGUGAUGCCUAUUUCCAACGACGGAGAGUUCCCAUUCUCUUCGAUGGCGCCAGCUCCGACGAAGGAACAAUCUCUAGAUCAGAGAAACGAACGAAAGAUGGCGAGCCUGUUGAGCGUCAUGGUAUCAGCUGCCCAGGCGAAGCGAAUGCGACAGUCCUCCUCACCCUCUUCAUCAGAACCCCCGAAGACGGUUUCAAACAAGACGAUCAUCCAUAUUCGCGAUUAUCGUGAACUGGAGCGCACCGUUUCCGGCGAAGCCAUUCUGAAAAUGCUACAUAACAUCGUCCAGACUCGUCGGCGUAAGGGCGAGAAAAUAGUCAUUCUCGGCACCACAUCGACGGAGGAAGACCCGGCAAUGUACUCUAAAGCGGGUUUCAAAGCUCUGCAGUCCCGCUCAGCUGAAGCGUUCGAACGUACCAUUGUGGUCCCCCCAGUAAUUGGUAGGGCCGACAACGCAAUCUUCAAACAGGACAGAGACGCUCGGAUCAGGGAGGUCAACAUCCGACACCUCCGUGACGUAAUCAGACGAAGAAGCGGGGAGAAUGGAGAGUCUGCCACACUAGUUGUCCCAGAAAAUUGGCAUCUCGACCCUGGUGAACUCCAGAUUCCUGGAAUCCACGAGGCCUUCUGGAGCUUUGACCGAUCGCACCGAGUUGCUAUCAUGGCUUUAGGGCAAGCAUCGAAUCUACCCGGCGAGAUCACUCUGGGCGAUAUUGCUAAAGCCGUUCGUGUCAUCGAUGACAGCGAUAACAUUAAAUUCCAGUGGGCUGCACAAGAGCAGGAAUACCUUAAAGAACGUGACAAGCCAGGAAAAGUCGAGGACGGCCCAGGAAAAGAGAAAGCCGCCAAACCUAUUCCCAAGAAUCUGAACGCCCACGAGAAGAAACUGAUCAAUGGAAUCAUCAAUCCGAAGGAUAUUCACACUGGAUUCUCAUCCGUCCGUGCUGCACCCGCGACGAUUGACACCAUGAAAACCCUGACCUCGCUUUCUCUCGUUCGGCCCGAAGCUUUUAAGUACGGUGUUCUUGCCACCGACAGGAUUCCUGGUGUUCUUCUCUAUGGUCCUCCUGGUACCGGAAAGACGCUACUUGCCAGAGCGGUCGCUAAAGAAUCUGGAGCCACCGUUCUGGAGGUAUCUGGCGGCGACAUCUUCAACAUGUAUGUUGGCGAGGGUGAAAAGAACGUUAAGGCCAUUUUCUCGCUUGCGAAGAAACUGAGCCCUUGUGUAAUCUUCAUUGACGAGGCGGACGCGAUAUUCGGCAGCAGACAGAGCUUUUCCAGCCGGAGUAGUCACCGCGAGAUCAUCAAUCAGUUCUUGAAGGAAUGGGCGGACAUGGAUAGCACUGCAUUCAUCAUGGUCGCCACCAACCGGCCGUUCGAUCUCGACGAUGCCAUCCUGAGACGACUCCCUCGUCGGAUACUUAUCGACCUGCCCACCCCUGAGGACCGACUAGCGAUCCUUCAGAUUCAUCUCACCGCGGAAACCCUGGAUGAUACCAUCAAUCUGAAGGAGAUUGCAGAUGAAUGCAGUCUCUUUUCCGGCUCGGAUCUCAAGAACCUGUGCGUCUCGGCGGCGCUGACAUGCGUCAAAGAGGAGAACGCCGAGUUCGAGAAGACCGGAAAGUACCCCGAGAAGCGAAUCCUAUCCAAGCGACACUUCGACAAGGCCACAACCGAGAUCACUGCGAGCAUUAGCGAUGACAUGGGAACUCUAGGGUUGAUCCGGAAGUUUGACGAGAAGUAUGGUGAGCGCUCAGGAAAGAAGAAGAAGAAGCCCUCGUUCGGCUUCGAGUUGGGGCAGACGGACGCCAAACCACGUGGAGGGGAGGGACGCGUGAGGAUGGACUAAUGGUGUCAUUUCUUUGCGCGAUUUGUAUGUAUAGAUUCUCCUCGCUUUGUAUAAUCGAGGGGGUUUCUGUAGGGUAGUAUUGGGUCUGGUUUUCUGAACAUUCUUCUCAUUUCAUUUUUUUCACUUUUACGGGGUUUGGUUCAUGAUAUAUUUGUCUGAUUGGUGUAAAUGAGAUGUGAGAGGGGAAUAGAUGGGCUACAUGUAGAAAGAAGGGU